AAAACGGGGUGCACUGCCUUUAAAAAGUCUGUCAGCACCGCCAUGUAACUUGUGUGAAUCGUGCGCUCUGCAGAACCCAACAACCAGCUGACUGAGAAAAGCGACUUGAUACACUCCUUAGAUACUUUUGUUACGUUGUUAAGUUAUAAGCAAAGUGUUAUAUGUAUACAUAUUUUUUGUAGGAACCUUAAUUCAUUUGUAGGGAUCUCUGUUUUGUUGAACAGUCUCGGUCAGUCAGCAGUGAUAAAAUGCUUCUGUCUAUCCUGUGCGCGGCUUUCCUUCUCGCGCCCACCCUGUGUGAAGCCGGGAUCUCCAAACGCCAUGUCAUCGGCUGUCCUGACAAAUGUGACAAAUCUCUCUGCGCGCCCAUCCCGGCUGAUUGCCUCGCCGGCGACAUCCUGGACCAGUGCGACUGCUGUCCCGUAUGCGCCUCCGGAGAGGGCGAGCCGUGCGGGGGGGCCGGGCGUCUCGGGGACCCGGAGUGCGCGGAAGGGAUGGAAUGCCAGGUGGCGGACGGCGUCGGUUACUCUGUCACUGUCCGAAGACGGGGCAAGAACGGCGUGUGCGCGUGCAAAGGCUCGGAUCCGGUGUGCGGCAGCGACGGCGUCUCUUACCGGAACAUUUGCGAGCUGAAGAGAUUGAGCAGCCGCGCGCAAAAGCUUCAGCAACCUCCCAUCAUUUUCAUUCAAAGGGGAGCCUGCGGUAAAAGUCAGGAAGAGAACCCUGACAGUCUGCGGCACAGGUACAACUUCAUCGCUGACGUGGUGGAGAAGAUCGCCCCGGCUGUGGUUCACAUCGAACUCUACCGCAAGAUGGUGUUCACGAAGAGGGAGGUGGCGGUGGCCAGUGGCUCAGGCUUCAUGGUGUCGGAGGACGGCCUCAUCGUGACCAAUGCCCACGUGGUCGCCAACAAACACCGCGUCAAAGUCGAGCUCAAGAGUGGCGCCACCUUUGACGCCAAGAUCAAAGACGUGGACGAGAAGGCCGACAUCGCCCUCAUCAAGAUCGACGUGCCGACCAAAGUGCCCGUGCUGCUUCUUGGUCGCUCUGCUGACCUUCGACCCGGAGAGUUUGUGGUUGCCAUCGGAAGCCCGUUCUCCCUCCAGAACACGGUUACCACGGGGAUCGUCAGCACCACCCAGCGCGGAGGCAAAGAGCUGGGCCUGCGCAACUCCGACAUGGACUACAUCCAGACUGAUGCCAUCAUCAACUACGGAAACUCUGGAGGACCCCUGGUUAACUUGGAUGGCGAGGUGAUUGGCAUCAACACCCUGAAGGUGACGGCUGGCAUCUCCUUUGCCAUCCCCUCAGAUAAGAUACGGCAGUUCCUGGCAGAGUCCCACGACCGCCAAUCAAAAGGAAAAACUUUCACCAGGAAGAAAUACAUUGGCGUGAAAAUGAUGACACUCACUCCAGCGCUGGCCAAGGAACUGAAGGAGAGACAGGUUGACUUCCCUGAUGUGACAUCAGGUGCCUACGUCAUUGAGGUUAUUGCUAAGACCCCUGCUGAAAGAGGAGGCCUGAUGGAGAGUGACGUCAUCAUCUCCAUCAACGGCCAGCGAGUCUCCUCUGCCAACGACGUCAGCCUGGCCAUCCGGCGGGACGACUCCCUGAAGAUGGUGGUUCGCCGUGGCAACGAGGACGUCAUGGUUACGAUCAUCCCCGAGGAGAUUGACCCUUGACCCCACCACUCCCCCCAAUACACCAACCAAUGAGCUGGUUCUCAGUGCUCAGCCCCGCCCUACAGACCUUGACAGAGGGUUUGACUGGAGACAUACCCUCUUUAGAAUGUGUAACCCUUAGAACGUGGAACAUUUGCCCACUUUAGAACCUGCAUUGCCCAGUCAUCCUCUAGGCAAUCACAUGUUGGCUGUCCUUUGUAUUGCUGCACUUCACUGUUUAUCUGUUGUGAAACUUUUCUGCAUCAAAUAGUUACUAUGUACGACCAUCAGCCAAUGCUUUCUGUGAACUGCGUACAUUUCACAUUUGUUUUCAAUACUUUGAUUCAUCAGUGCAGUCUGUCACACAUAGAGACAAGGCACCGUGGGUGUAAAGACAUUGUUCUUUAGGUGUGUGUGUGUGUGUGUGUGUGUGUGUGUGUGUGUGUGUGUGUGUGUGUGUGUGUGUGU